AUCGACAACACAUUCACAGACUGAUCAGCUGUCGCAUCGCUGAGAUACGAUCCUGCGAUUGAGGUGAAAGAUAGGAGCUUGAAUGAACCAGGAUUAGCAAGAGCUUUCUCCAUGUCCGCAGUGGCUCCCUUCAGUCCCUCGCCGGCUCUGGUCCAUUUCCAGCUCGGCCUGUUCAGGGAAAUGGUUCAAGUCCCUGCUGGCAACCUGAGCUAUCGCCAUGCCAAGAGGCUGGCUGCGGACAUCAUAGAGCGCAAGGCUCCAGACUGCAGCGUGGUGGGCAGUGGGGAGAAGUUUCUGCUGUUCAGACAUCAGCCCACCUCAGAGACGCUGCUGUACCGCCUGACAGAACAGGACAGGCUGCAGGAUGGAGACCUCAUCGAGGUCAUCAUCGCAGAAUCAGCGUCAGUGACUGAGAUGAGGAUCCGUCCACACUCCCUGGUGGUCCAGUCGUACCGGACGCCCACUUUCUGCCACCACUGUGGAGAAAUGCUGUGGGGCCUCGUUCGACAGGGGUUAAAAUGUGACGGUUGCGGGUUAGACUUUCAUAAACGUUGCGCUUUCCAGUUGCCCAACGACUGUAGUCGAGCACGACGGCAGGUUAGCACCAGCCUCUCCCUGUUUCCUCCCCGACGACCCCGUUCACACUCCCUGUCCAAUCAGUCAGGAGGCAGUCUGGAAGAGAUCAGCAUGUCCAAGCCCUCCUCCAGGCCUCCGUCCUGGGCAGAGCCCCCGGUCUGGCUGGGGAUCGGGUACGGUGAGAAGAGCAGGGCUCAGGUCCCUCACACCUUCCACAUCCACAGCUACACCAAACCCACCGUCUGCCAGUACUGCCACCGGCUGCUCAAAGGGCUCUUCAGACAGGGGCUGCAGUGCUCAGACUGCAGGUUUAACUGCCACCGGCGCUGUGAGCCGCUGGUCCCCAGAGACUGUCCGGGAGAGAAGAGAGGCGUCAAUGGGGAAGAGUUCACAGUAGUGGUUAACAGCUGCCAACCAGAACCAGAGGACGAUGAUUCAGAGCUCACCAGUACGACAACACUAGACAUCUCUGACGAUGAGAUGUCCACUGACGGAGACACGAUCACCGAGACCAAGAACGCAGAGCAACCGCGAGAGCCGAUGAGUCCGUGUUUCAGCAGCUACAUCCCUCUGAUGAGGCUCGUCCAGACGGUGCAUCACACUAAGAGGAGAGCCGGUGGAGUCCUGAGAGAGGGAUGGCUGCUGCAUCACACCAACACUGACACACUGAGGAAACGUCAUUACUGGAUCUUGGACUGGAAGAGCAUCACUCUGUACCAGAACGAGAGCAGCACCAAGUACUACAAGGAAAUCACUCUGUCUGAGGUGCUGCAGGUACGAGGCCCCUCCCAGCUCUCCGUGCCCUUGUUGCCAGGCAACAGCGUGCACUCCUUCGAGGUGGUGACGGCCUCUCUGGUGUACUGCGUGGUGGCCGGAGAGAACGGGCCGGCCUGGGAGAGCGCCAUCCGUCAGGCUCUGAUGCCCGUCCAGAGCAGUGGGGCAAACAGCGAGGAGAACCAGGAUAGAGAUUCACGCAGAGACAGCGUGGACAUCAGCUCAGUGUAUCAGAUCUUCACAGAUGAGGUUUUGGGCUCCGGACAGUUUGGAGUGGUGUACAAAGGUACUCACAGGAAGUCGGGUCGUCCCGUCGCCAUCAAAGUCAUCGACAAGACGCGCUUCCCCACCAAACAGGAGAGACAGCUGAGGAACGAAGUGGCCAUCUUGCAGAAUCUGUCCCACCUCGGGGUGGUUCUGUUGGAGGGGAUGUUCGAGACAGUGGAGCACGUCUUCGUCGUCAUGGAGAAGCUCCAUGGAGACAUGCUGGAGAUGAUUCUGUCCAGUGAGAUAGGCCGACUCCCUGAACGCAACACCCGCUUCUUGGUCAUGCAGAUCCUUGAGGCUCUGCGGUAUCUGCACUUCAAACAUAUCGCUCACUGUGACCUGAAACCUGAGAACGUACUGCUGGCCUCUGCGGACCCUUUCCCUCAGGUGAAGCUGUGCGACUUCGGCUUCGCCCGCAUCAUCGGUGAGAAGUCCUUCCGCCGCUCGGUCGUGGGCACGCCUGCCUACCUGGCGCCCGAGGUGAUCAGCAGCAGCGGCUACAACCGCUCUCUGGACAUGUGGUCCGUGGGCGUCAUCAUGUACGUGAGCCUGAGCGGCACGUUCCCCUUCAACGAGGACGAGGACAUCAAACAGCAGAUCACAAACGCUGCCUUCAUGUACCCACGACAACCCUGGGCCUCCAUCUCACUGGAGGCUGUGAGUCUCAUCAAUAACCUGCUGCAGGUGUCGGUCAGACGGAGGUUCAGCGUGGGAAAAGCCCUGGGACACCCCUGGCUGCAGGUCAGAUACAUUCCACGUUUAUAAUCAGUCUGUCAACUCAAUACGAGCUACUACCUCUCUUCUUCUUCUUUCCUCCUGCAGGACUUCCAGCUGUGGUGUGACCUCAGGGAGUUCGAGCAGAGGAUGGGCUGCAGGUAUCUGACGCACCAAGGGGACAGUGAGCGCUGGAUACGCUACGCCCAGGAGAGAGGCAUGAGCUUCCCGACCCACCUCUGCUGGGACCCCGACAACGACAUGUGACCUCGGCCCGGAGGCUAAAGGUUGGGCCAGUUUGUAGUCCGUACAGCUCAGAUUAAACCAGAGAUGAGACGUCACACUCUGAAACAUCCUGAAUUUGUUGAUCAGCAGUCAACCAAAUAUCUUCGUAUUUUUGUGUUAAAUGUUAGAAUCGGGGUGUUUUGUCACGCCCAAUAACGCAUAGCACAGUUAUUCCUACCUGUAUACUAGAGAGAAUAAAGGUCCCUUUUUCACUAGUACUAAUGUGAUAAAGAAACACAAACAACGGCUGUUUAGUAAUAUAAUUUUCCUUUUUUAUUCCAAGUUGUAGUUUUUAAAAUUUAACUGUGUGAAAGUGAGUUUUUGUGGCAUCGGUGAUGAUGGACAGAAUGAAUGGAGGAGAACGGAGCACAAAUGAAAUUUAAAAUAUCACCAUCAUGCACAGGAAGGAGUCGACUCGCACUGAUUAUCCUGGCCGACCUGUCAAUGGGACCAAAACCCUAUUUGCUUCCUCACUGACAUAGGCCUGCUAUGGUCCCAUGUACAGUAUCCAUUCUUCUUAUUGUCCACAACUUUCCUGAUGCCCUGUUGUCUCUCGCUGCUCGACACCUCUCUCUGUCUGAGUCCCUCCUCCAUGACGUAAAAAAAAUACAAAAUCACGUUCAUGUGUUUAGAUGUGAUGUUAAAUUUAGGAGAGGUGUGUGGGAUCGUUCUCCCUGGCCAUAACAGUUUGUCUUUCUGUCUUCGUUCUUAAGUCCAGCCAUGGCCCUCUUUGUCUCUUAUUUACCCACAGUGCUUUGCUCUGAGUUGCUCUCUCUGCCUGCUUCAUCUCCAGUGCUCCCGUUCACCCUCCGUUUCUUCCUGAGCUUAAGGCUUUUAAGAUUCUUCAGGUUACAUUUAAUCUUUGCUAACAUUCAGGGUUCACAGUACUGUGGUAUUUAUUUUCUAAGAGUGACAACUGGCUUUGUAACAUCGUAGCACCUGACUUGCUUUGCUCCUCUGCUCACUGAAAUGUUAACAGGCUCCUAAUGAUACUGUUUGUUUUUGUAUAAUGAGAGUCAGAGACUCACAAAGACAGCGUUUCUAAACUUCAACAUAGCAUGCAUCUGCACAAAUACACAACCAACCAAGCCAACUGACCAACCAGCUUCUUUUUUUUUUUUAAUCACAUUGUCUUCUUUAAUUACCCUUCUACAAAAAAUAUGUCAUCUGAGAGAGAGAGAGAGAGAGAGGGGGGCAGAGCAGGAGGCUUUGCUCAAAAAACCUUUUUUUUUUUCCUCUCCCUCAU